AUGAAUAUGUUAGAUGAUGAAGAUGACCAAAGCUUUCACGCUACGCGUGACGGCUACUCCUAUUUGAGCAAUGUCGAAUGGGAUGCGGUUGAACGGAUGGGUUCAACCAUGGGCAUCCAUGCUGUUAGCGUCAUGCUAGAGGCUCUCAAUAGAGAUGCCCAACAUGCUACUAUCGCCAAGUUCAUUCAAAAUGAACUUGACGCUGAACGCGAGAAAGUAGCCUUGCUUCACCAACAAGGUUCUCAACAAUCAGAGUUGUUGAGAGAACAGGGUGCUCAACAGUUUGAACUGUUGAGACAGCAGCAGGCUGCUGCUGGUGGGUCGAUGCACUCGCGUCGACCCGAGACCUUGAAGAUUGACAUCUCCAAGUAUAGGGGAGUCGAAGAAGACUCCCUCUUGAGAUGGUUUGUCAAAUUAGACGACGCCAUAAGGGCGCGUCGCAUCGACGAUGGGGAAAUGCAAGUUGCAUUUGCCCAGUCCAAUCUGGCAGGACGUGCCAAGACUUGGGCACUGGGGCUCAAGUUGCACGACCCAUAUGCGUUUGGGUCGUUGGAAGUCUUCAAGGCGCGGCUCAGACAAACGUUUGAACCGCCUAGAGCUGAGUUCAGAGCUCAAACUGAACUCUUGAAGCUCAAGCAAGGGUCUUGCGGAUGGUCCCGUCAAGACUCACCUGUUCCGGCUUGA